AUGUCGUUUCGAUACACGAAUGGCCUCGUGGGUGCACUGAAGCACAGGAUGAUGCUCGAGAGCUCCCACCGGGAGUUGGUGCGGCGACGAUUCACGGGCCAUUGCCGGGGCGUGGAAGUGGUUUGUAGCGGCUACGGCACCGUGCUUGCGGUACGCCUCGUUGACAAGACGGCGUGGGAGCCGUUUUACCGCAAGGGCCACCCAUCCCCAUCGGGUGCGGAUAUGGACAGCGCACCAUCCAGCAGUCAUGCAGAGAGUACUCCUGUCGGGGGGGAAAGUGCGGCGCCCAUAGAUUUUGAAAGACUUGCCGAGAGCAUCAAAGCGGCAUUGUGGGAUGCCACGCGGAAGAUACGCUCGGCAAAGGAGGCAGCACUCAACCGGAGUUUAUCCCACAACCAGCAGCUGCGCGCACAGGCGCAUUUAGAGCACUGGUAUGACGAGGAUGCUAACACACUUCAACCGUUGGCGUUUGAGGCGCUAAAACACGAGGCGGCAACACCAUGGAUGCAGUUUGUUCAAUUUGGGAAGUAUAAACAUGCAGCAGCGGUCAUGCAUAGUGAAUCGGGUGGAAAGAAGAGUGAAGCUUUCAUGGGAGAAACGAAGAGGGCAAGCGCAGAUAAUGAGGAGGGGCCAUGUGUCACGGCGCUGGAUGAGAAGGAUGUUGACCCCACAUCGAUACCAAUUGGAUCUGUGCAUCCACUUUUCCUUCCCGCACUCAUUCAGUUCGAGAGCCGUGUAGAUAAUUCCCUCAACGAUGAUGCCAUUCGUCAGGAGCAGCGGCGGGAAAUGUCACGCGAUGAGCAGCUCUUUUGGGAACGCGUGGAAUUGAUUCGGAAAGGACAAGUUGCCACCAUUAAGGGAGGUCACAAGCGGGACUACGCGGAUGAAGCUGCUGUCGCUAGCGACAAUGCGGUAGACAAGGUACAACUACGGUUCACGCAGUGA